GUCGCAGGAGCUAGGUCGAGGAUCCGCAGCAGGGGUUCGAAGGAGAGCGCUUAUUUCCGUGUCGCCGAGACAUUCAAGUGGACGUUUGCCGAUAGUUCUUGGUUUCCAGGAUUUUCUUCCCGCACAUGGCGCAGAUUCCCUUCUUGUAGGCGCACCCUUGGCAGUAAUUGGAGCCCACCUGAUGAACUUUCUGGCGACAAAUACGGCACUCGGCGAAUUUGCCGUACGGGGUGAAACGGGCCUUCUUUGCGGAAUGAAGUGUCAUGUCCCGGAAAUUUCUUGGCACAAUCGAGACCCCAUCUUCAGCGUGGAUUUCCAGCCUUCCGCUGACAAACACAGAAGGAUGGCGAGUUGUGGCUCCGACACCCAUGUCAUGGUGUGGUUCGUCAUUCUGCACAACAACGGGAACAUCAGUCUAGAGUUCCGCUCCGACCUGAACAGGCACACGAAGACCGUGAACGUGGUUAGGUUCUCCAAUAACGGUGAACUUCUCGCUUCUGGGGAUGACGAGGCCAACAUCAUCCUUUGGAAACAGCAAGAGAAGGAGUCUGGCGAUUUGUUUGAUGAGUCCAUCGAGAACAAGGAGCACUGGGUUGUUCACAAGGUACUCAGGGGUCACCUUGAGGACAUCUGUGACCUUAGUUGGUCACCUAAUGACACCUUUUUGGUGUCUGGCUCAGUCGACAAUGCAGCAAUUGUGUGGGAUGUGCCAAAAGGAAAGAGUGUUUCGGUGCUCAAGGAGAACAAAGGCUUUGUACAGGGUGUGGCUUGGGAUCCGCUCAACAUCUACUUUGCAACUCUAAGUUCAGACAGGUCUCUUCGUGUGUUCGGCACCCGUACCAAGAGGGCUCUUCACAGAGUUCAGAAAGCAGUCAUCCCCCAGGCAAAGCUGAAGGAAGAGGGCAAGGCGUCCAGACUCUUCUACGACGACACCCUCAAGUCAUUCUGCCGCCGCCUGGCUUUCUCUCCAGACGGAGAGCUGUUGGUUACACCUUGCGGGAUCAUUGAGCAUGAGGAAGGAAAGGUUACCAACACUGUCUACGUCUUUGCUCGGACAAACCUAUCUGAGCCGGCGUAUUACCUUCCUAUUGGUGACAAGCCAAGUCUGGCCGUCAGGUUUUGCCCCAUCUUCUUCAAGCUUCGGGGUACCAAGAAGAUAGAAUCUGCAGAAUCCAUGGCAGCUGAAAAAGUGGAAUCUGCCGAGUUUACGGAACCUGUUGUGCCGGAGACGAUGGAAACUGCAGAGUCCGAAACAGCACGAAAGACAGAUUCCGUGGAACCUUGUCAGGAGGACGGAUCCAAAAGCAAGCUUCUGGAUGGACCCUUUCUUGGGCUCCCAUACAGGAUGGUGUUUGCAGUGGCAACACAGAACGCUAUUCUUCUGUACGACACCGAGCAGUCUUCUCCCUUCGCUCACAUCACAAACAUCCACUACACGAGACUGAGUGACUUGACAUGGUCUCCUGACGGACUGGUGCUUGUUGCUUCUUCAACGGACGGAUUUUGCUCCAUAAUAACAUUUGGUGAAGGAGAGAUUGGGAAAAUCUACGACGGAGAGCUGCCGUUCAAGGCUGUCAUCGAUGAAGCCAGCAACUCUCCGUCGAGCUCCAAGAAGGGGGAAAACCAGAAGAAAAACCAAGCGUCCACUGCGUCUCAGAAUGGUACAACAGACGUCGGAGAUAAGGUGCUAGAAAAACCCAAUGCUUCUGUUGUUCUGGUCGAAGACAUGGAAGUGGACAGCGUCAUUGAAAAGAAGCUCAACGAAAAUGAAACUGCUGACGAAAGCUGUGGCAAAAGCGGCGAAAAAGAGCUGAGCGAAACUCUGGAACACCAGCCCAUCCAGGAACAUGGGUGCCUUGGAAGCAAAAGUAACACAGAGUUGAGGGAAGCUGCUUCAACAGAAACAAAACCCUUGGUAGUAAAACUAGGAAAUCAGGAGAGCGGAACGCCCCUGAAGGCACCACGGAGGGUCCAACUUAUCACUCUGUGCUCAAAGAAAUUGUGACUUGCUGGACAUCUUAAGUGCCUUUGUAUAUUGGACUUUUCUUUUGUAUUUAAUGUAAGUUAAAUUGACCCUCUCUUUACACAAGUUUUCAGUUUUCUUUGUUUUGGAUUGCACACCUAUGCUAUAAUAAAUGUCAAUUUUCUUAGGUA